UUAGUCGCUAAAAACGAACAGACUGGCCAAAUGCAUCUCGACUGAUCCGUAUGAAGAGAAUGGCUUCUGAUUAUUGCAAACAUCACUUUAAGAAUUYCAAUAACAGUUAUAAAGAUUUUGCUCCAUAUCUCGCCGUGAUGAACUUGUUGACUUCCUUGUGUGCAAUGUUUCUUAACGCUUUGGUUAUUAUAACUAUAUGGAAAACACCUCCACUACAUACACCAUCACGGCUUCUUCUGUGUAGUCUUGCAUUGACUGAUUUCUGUGUGGGUGCCUUUGUGCAGACUUUCAUCGUGAUGUUCUCGGUGGCAGCCAUCGUUCAUUGGCCAAAUGUCUUGUGUAUAUCCUUAGGAACAUCUUUCAGGAUCGGAUAUUCUCUUGGUGGGAUUUCUUUAGCAACUCUGACAGCCAUUAGUAGUGACAGAUACCUGGCUAUUAAGACCAAAACAGCUUAUCGUACACUAGUCACAAUGAAAAGAAUCACCAUUUUCUUGCUAUUUUGUUGGACKUCUGUUACUUGUGCAAUUAUUCUCUUAUUUGAGGUAUUUUACCAACUUUUGAUGAUCGUCUCCGCAGCGACUGCUGCUUUAUGCUUGGCAAUCAUACUCAUAUUAACCGUUAAAUCUUUCCGUAUCCUGAAGCGUCAAACACUUCAAGUAUCUGCUACUAAUGCUAAUGAUUCAAUCUCAAUUCGAACACCCGAUAUCAACGUGUUCAAGUACAAACGAUCUCUUAUCACGAUGAUGAUGAUUCUGGCAGCAAUUCUAGGUUCGUAUUUACCAUUCACGGUGUUUAGUAUCAUGGAACUUUUCAUGUCGCCAUCCUUUGGCGUUAUGGAUCUUUUGAAGAUUUACUUGAGUUAUUUUUUAGUGGUAUCGAAUUCUACUCUUAACCCAAUUAUCUAUCUGUGGAGAAUGACUGAACUGCGACAAGCUGCCAAGCAUUKGCUUUGCUGUAAUUCAUUCAACUCAGCAAAUUAAACGAUAUUUAUUCGAGAAGGUAGAACUGUAAUAAAUAUGUUUAUGGCUAGUUASUACGAGAAUCUUACAAUCUACUGGGAUUAAAUUGA